AGCGGUUCUCGGGCACAGAUAUAAAGACAGGAUGACAAGUCCAAUGGUCCUCAUCAUGCUGCUGGCGAACAACCGGAGAGCACACUCACACAGAAACAAGCGUUUUGGCACUUCCGGGAUGAUGUUCAGCGCCUGUUAUGCGCUGAGCACAAUGUUGGGACUGAUGGUGCUUACUCCCCCUGGUGUUCUGGCCGACCCAGACUGGCCGGUUACAGCAAUUCCUAACUUGCCCAACUUGGAAGUAAUAUGCGAAGGGCUGGACUGUCUGGAAGACUACGAAGACUAUCCCUGCUCGAUAAACCCGGACCUGUGUCAACAAGACCCCCCUGAGAGCAAAAGAGGUUCUGCGUUCUCCGCGUGGGGAGGCAAGCGUGUGCCCUUCUCAACGUGGGGCGGCAAAAGGGGCCCGUUCUCCAGCUGGGGCGGCAAGAGGGUUCCGUUCUCCUCAUGGGGCGGCAAGAGAAGCCCCAGCGGUGGCAACUUCAACGCCUGGGGUGGCAAGAGGGUGCCCUUCUCUGCGUGGGGUGGAAAGAGGUCUGGAGGCUUCUCCUCGUGGGGCGGCAAGCGGGGCGGCGAGGAGCAGAUAUUCUCGGCGUGGGGCGGCAAGAGGGACCCCGCCAGGGACAAGAGGGCCUCCUCGGGAAAGAGGAAUCCGGAAGUGGGGCCGGCACUGUUGAACGAGAAGGGGCUGACCAUUCGACGCGGGUCCGUCGACUUUUUCCCGUGGGGCGGAAAGAGGGCCGCGGGCACCCAGUGAGGCCCUCCCACAUGACGACGAUCUGUACUUUCGUUCUGAGUUGAAAUCUAAUGGUAGUUGAGUAAUAAUGCAAUGAGGAUGGCUGGAUUUUACUUUCAAUGGGUCCUCUAAUGAGCACAUAAACGCACGAGCAUAGCAAUUAUCUACUGCGCAUUGUAUUGAAUCUCGCUGUAUGUAACACACACGAAUAAAUAAAGAAAUGCUGUCUGGAACGAGAGUUUGUUGUCAA